CAGGCAGUCUGUGGUUCGUUGAUCGACGGGUGACUUGACACUUGUUUAUCAAUCGAUACGCAAUAACUUCCAAACAAAGUGAAAUUGUUGAGUAUUUGUUAGUCUUUUCAUCGCAAGGAACAAUAGCGGACUGUGCGGAACAAAAUCGAACUUCAAAAUGGCAAACACGCUCGGUGUUUGCCUCAUCGCGCUAUCACUCUUUUGUUGUACAAAUUUGUCGUUAGCGCGACAAGUACCAAAGGAUUGCACCAGAGGGCCGACGUAUUGGUGUCAGAGUCUUAAGAAGGCGGCGGAGUGCGGCGCCGUCGGGCACUGCAUAUCCACCGUGUGGGAGACGCAGGCCGAGGAGAUCCGCAGCAACGACGUGUCCGACAGGUUCGUCCGGCUCUUCAGACAACUGAAAGAUGUCAAGGACCUCAUCAACCCGGAGUAUCUGGGCAACCGCGUGGGCUCCGCCUGCCGCGACCUGCCCUACCAAGUGGUGCGCCAGCACUGCAAGGACAACACGGCCAAGCUGGACGAGUACCUGUCGCACCUGCUGCUGUCCGAGGCCACGCCGGAGACCAUGUGCCGGGUUGUAGGCCUGUGCAACAAUCAGAAGUUGGACAACAUCUUGGCUUUGAGCAGCAAAACCAAAAAGCCUUUGGAUCAAAACCCCAAGAAAGCAAACACUGUAAAGGUACCACUCCUGGGGUCUGAGCGUUGCACGUGGGGGCCUUCCUAUUGGUGCAGCAACUUCAGCACGGGCCGCGAAUGCAAGGCGACAUCGCAUUGCGUGCAGAAGGUGUGGUCGAAGAUGGAGUUCCCUGAAGACAAGGACGACAUCUGCAAGAUCUGCACCGACAUGGUGCAGCAGGCGCGGGACCAGCUCCUCAGCAACGAGACGCAGACGGAACUGAAAGAAGUAUUCGACGGUUCCUGCAAGUUGAUCCCGGUGAAGAUAGUGGCUAAAGAAUGUAUGAAGUUGGCUGAUGACUUCGUACCCGAGUUGGUGGAGACCCUCGCCUCGCAGAUGAACCCGCAGCAAGUGUGCUCCGUCGCUGGGCUCUGCAACAACGCACGCAUCGACCAGCUGCUCGAUAAAUACAGUGCCCGGCUAGCGCUGCGCGAGGACUGCUACAACUGCCACCGCACGGUGGGCGUGCUGCGCAAGAAGUUCGACGCCACCAGCUACGAAGACUUCCUCGUCGGAUUGCUGCAGAUGUGCGGACGCAUGGGCUCUCUAUCGGACUCGUGCUCGAUGAUAAUGUUCAGCUACUACGAGAACAUUGUAGCAGCUCUCAAGAAGGACCUCACGGCUAAGAGCGUGUGCCACCUGAGCGGGCAGUGCGCCUUCCAGUUCCACACCCAUGACGAGUUCACCUUCCCCGAGGUUGACGCCCAGCAACUCAAGGCUACUGAUGACGUACCGUGUCAAUUCUGCGAGAAACUGGUGGUUCACCUUCGCGAUGUUUUGGUCGCCAACACUACUGAGAUGCAGUUCCAAAAGAUUCUAAAAGGUCUGUGCAAACAAACCGGUCACUUCAAGGACGAGUGCCUCCACAUAGUGGACCAGUACUAUGCCGUCUUCUACAACUACCUGGUGUCGGACUUGAAACCCGCUGAGAUCUGCUCCAUGAUGGGCAUCUGCACCAACAAGACUAACGAGGACGUGAACAUCGCGCCCCUGAUCCCUAAGGAGCUGGCUGUCAAAAUCGCGCCGUCUUCUAAACUGAUUGGUGCUGAGGAGGCUAAGGUGGCAGAUGUCCCCAUCGUACCGGUGGUACCGAAAGAAUUGUCCAUAAAGGUCAUGCCGGUAUCCAAACCCGUCGAAACUGAAGAACCGAAGAUCGCCCGAGUCCCAAUCCAGAAGCAAACAAGCGUGCGCAUCUUGGGCUCAGAAUCCACCACAGAGACCGUGCCCCUGCCGCCUCUGCCCAUCGAGCGCAUGUUCGUGGCGGCGCCACAGAGCAAGGCCGCCUGCUCCUUCUGCCAGUACUUCCUGCACUACAUACAGGUCGAGCUCUCAGACACCAACAACGAGGACAAGAUAAAAGAAGCGGUGGAGAAGGCGUGCGACCGCCUGCCGCAGUCGGUCGACGCCGAGUGUAAGCAAUUCGUGACGGAGUACGGGCCCGCCGUCAUCGCGCUGCUCGUGCAGCAGAUUGACCCUGCCAGCGUAUGCCCCGCCCUGCGCCUGUGCCCGACGACGACGGAGGUGCGCCGCGUGGCCAUCAACGCAGGCUCCUCCAACUGCCCGCUGUGCCUGUUCGCCGUCGAACAACUCGAGACCAUGCUCAAGAACAACCGCAGCGAGAACUCAAUCCGCAAAGCUCUAGACGGCCUCUGCAACCAUUUGUCAACCAAACUCCGAACUCAAUGCGUAGAUUUCUGCGACCAGUACUCCAACCAACUUGUAGAGAUGUUGGUUGCCAAUAUGAACGCACAAGAAAUAUGCGUGUUCCUCAAACUGUGCAAGGACGAUACCGCCAGUAGCAACCCGUUGGGACUGGCCCACCCAGACAUUGAUAAGUACCACAAUAACCCGCAGUUGAGAGGUGAUAGGAACAACAUUAGGAAACCAAUGUUGCCAAAACAUAUGCUGGUCGGAGGCGGCGAUAUCGAGACGAAUGAGAUCCCCGACAACACGGUGGGCGGCCGCCCCGUGCGUCCCGAGGCCGCGCCCAACACCGUCUGCGUCAUCUGCGAGUUUGUCUUGAAGGAGAUUGACGACGAAAUCAAGGACAAGCACAAUGACGACGAAAUCAAGAAAAUAGUGCACGGCGUGUGCAAGCGCAUGCCCAAGUCCGUCAAGUCGGAGUGCGACCAGUUCGUGGAGAAGUAUGCCGACCUGGUGAUCAGCUUGCUUGCGCAGGAGUUGAGCCCCGACGAGGUGUGCCAGGAGCUCAAACUGUGUCCCAGUGGUGGCAGCUUGGAUGAAGCGAGGGAAGAGAUCCUCGACUGCGCGGUGUGCGAGACGGUGAUCAUGGCGGUGAAGAAGGUGCUGAGCAACGACAAGGUGGACCGCAACAUCGUGCACAUCGUGGAGAAGUCCUGCGGCCUGCUGCCCGCUAAAUACUCCAACAGGUGCCACACAAUGAUGGAGAUCUACGGCGACAGCGUGAUCCACCUAAUCGAACAGUACGGCACCAAGGGCGUCUGUCAGAAGAUCGGCCUCUGCGCCGACCGCCAGGCCGCCUACGUGCGCAUGCAGCGGGAUCGUAACUAGAUAUGCUGCAUCAUCAAGGGUGUAGUUACUUCAUAUGCGUAAUCUCCAUAAAAAUAUGUAUAAUAUUUACUUAAGUCAUGAUUUUUUACCAAAUCCAUGUAGUCAUAAGUUUCGGUUUGUUGUAACAAAAAUAUUGUGACUAUUUUCGAGUUGGAUCGAGGUCCAGCUGAGAUUAUGGAAACCCUUCUGCUUGCUUCCAUCUGGUUCCCUUCAUCUGUAUACUUCAAACGGAUGAGUUUAAAAAAAUAUAUGAAUUGGGAAGUGUAUUUUUGUAAGAGAUUAUUAGGCGUGAAAAGAAGUGUACUUAUGCGUUCGCAAUGCAGAAUAGUCACAGUGCAGUUUUGUUUGUCUUAUAGUGUAAGGGUUUGUAUAGAUUAUGUUUUACGUAACUUCAUCUUAACUUCAAGGUAAUAUGGAAUCUACCUUUCAUUUUUGAUUCGCAACGAAAUCAAUAGUUAACACGCGUUAGCCUGUGAUAACUCAUUUGUAAACUGUUUCUAUAAAAUAAAGUUGGGAAAUUAUU